UACCUGAUGGAAGAAAUGACAAACUGAAUCAAGAGUUUUUGAUAGAAAGAAAGAGAGAGAGAGAGAGAGAGAGAGAGAGAGAGAAAAGGGAAGAUUACGAUGGGGACAUGUUCAACACAAGCAUACGGUGAAGCAUGGUACUGGGACACCCGAUACUCGAACGAGUCAUCAAGCUUCGAUUGGUACCAGAAAUACCCUUCCUUAGCUCCUCUCAUCCAUCUCUACAUCCCACAUCGCCACCAUCCUGUCCUCGUUGUCGGAUGUGGCAACUCAGCAUUUAGCCAAGACAUGGUGGAUGAUGGGUACGAGGAUGUUGUCAACAUCGAUAUUUCCUCUGUUGUCAUUGACGCUAUGCGCAACAAAUACUCUACUCGUCCACAACUCAAAUACAUGACAAUGGAUGUUCGAGAUAUGAGUGCUUUUCAGACAGGUUCCUUCGACGCCAUUGUUGACAAAGGGACUCUAGACUCUCUUCUGUGCGGAAAUAAUUCCCGACAAAAUGCUGUCAAGAUGCUUGAGGAAGUUUGGAGGGUCCUCAAGGAUAAAGGAGUGUAUAUUUUGAUCACAUAUGGAGCUCCAAUUUAUCGCCUCAAUUUGUUGAAAGAUUCAUGCUUGUGGACAAUAAAACUCCAUGUGAUAGAGAAACUUGUGUUGGAAGAAAGCGCUGAACAUCCUAAAUGGAAGCUGACUGAUCCUGUUCCAUUAGAUGGUGAUGGAAGCUCCGUGGAAACAGUGCUUGGAAAGAACCCUGAUGUCCAUUAUGUAUACAUUUGUACCAAGGACGAAUCUUUAAAAGCAGGACCAAAGCAUGAAGUGAUAGUUGAGUAAGGACGAUAAGCAACUUCAAACUAUUUUGGAAAUUCUUUUUGUUGUGUUUUAAGGAAUGUGUUGUUCUGACAGUGAUAAUAAGUUUUGUGGUAUAUGUCUAUCAAUUGGCCAUUAGUAUAACCUUCCAUUGAAUCAAUCUCUGAUUUUCAUUAUUUAGAAGUUGAGGCGAUUGAAGUCAAGCCAAUUACAAUGUAAUGGUGAAGCUCUGUAUUUCUUAGUGUUUUUAACUUUUAGUAAUGUAGACAUUAUAUGUUUCGCAACUUUUUUAACAACUACUAAGGUGGGAAGUUGUUGAUUUUCUCAUGCAUUCA